CCAAACAAGCUCACCAGUCUGUACCUCACACAGCAUCCGAUCACCUGAGAGGAUUUUUUUUUUGUCUUAGAGCCAAAACCAAGAACCGAACCAACACAACAAGAUGGGAAAGGUCCUAUUUGGAAUCAUUGCAGUUGUUGCAUCUAUCAUGCUGGUGGACUCCCUGACCUGCAACGAAUGCAAGUAUGGCCUGUUGGGCUUCUGCCUCAGCAACAAUCAGAUAACCUGCGCCACCAACACCAGCCAGUGCUCCAGUGGAAAAACAAGCUUCCCAUCAAUCUCCACCUCCAUCGGCUUCAACACACUGGGCUGCACUGAGAGCACUUCGUGCAACAUUACAGCCAACGCCACCAUCAUCGGUGUCGCAUACACGUCGGUGCUCAACUGCUGCGGGACAGACAAGUGCAACACCGUUGCGCUCAGUGGCGCCCCGUCCACCAAGAUGACCCUCACUGCCGCCGUCAGUGCAGCCAUCCUGGCCUCCGUGUGGGGAAGCAUGCUGUAACACGUCUCUUACUAAAUCACAAAACAGCAGCAGAAGCCAGAAGCAACAUCCAAAAUAGACAAUUGGGCAUUUCGAGUUUAUAAGAAUGAUUAUUUAUAUGCUCAUAUGCAGUAACAUACUUUAUUUUCCAUAACCAUAAUGUCUUGUCAUAGAGUUUUAUAAUAAUAAGCUAUGUAACAACCAAGUUGACCAUUGUGGAAGUUGAACAAUGGGAUGUUUCAGGGAAACAUUGAGUUUGUAAAUCUUCCACAUCGUUGUCUUGACUUUUUUUAAAUUGCAUUUUAUUUAUCCUUUCAACAACUUUGCUAUGAAAAUAAAGACAAUCUUUUUCA